AUGAGCCUUCUGGACACGAUAGCCGCCGAACCGCGAGCACAUGUCUACGAGCGCCGACCUAGCCUUGGCGUGGAUCUGCACGUGCACGUCCGUCAAGUGCGCCUGCCCAAUGGACGAAAGGUGUUUGCAAGCCUCCUUCAGCAGCACGGACUUCGCGCAAAGUGUUUCGUGGUCUCGUCUGGACGUCCAACAGCUGCCGCAGUGGUCACGGGGACGUCGCUUCAAGAUACAACGGUCUUGGAAUGGGUUGGCACCACUGGCAUCGUCACCAUGCGCCUACACCAAGGGGCGAUUUGCGCAACUCUGCAUAUUGAAAUUAUCUGCGGGAGCCUGGUACUCGCCAGCGCAGAGCUCGCGCUGAAUAGCAUCUCAAACGAGGCGAAGUUCCCAUCGACGUGGAUUCCGCUAUCGCCGGACGGCGAUCUUGAGCUCAGUAUUGCGACGACGCCGCUGGUUGCAAACAACGAAGACAUUACUGCUGUUCUCAAAGAAGAUGCUACGACGACGGAGAUCGACGACGACAAACGCGGCGAUAGUGGCGCGCCGUCUCCCGAGAAAUGCGCCCGCGAGGAGGGAGACGAUGUCAACAACGAUGAGACAAUCAUUGACGAGGCUCCAACCUUUAGCUUCUACCACCGCGAGCCUAUUCAUGACCAGUUCAUGCAGCCACCGAAAGUCGAUGCCGAAACGUGGCAUCUCUUCAAGUUUGGCAUCGCGUCCGACCCUCCUCCGUCGAUUUCGCACCACAGCGGUGUUUCCGCCUCUGCGCUUGAACGUACAACGCCAUUUAUUGCGGGCCCCGGUAGUGCAUGCUAA